AUGUUGCGCAGCCCGCUCUCCGAGCUCGUUUUGACCUCCGCCCCACUCGUCCCCGCCCCCCAGCCCGACGCCUACUGGUUCAGCUACCUCGGGCCGGGCGAGCGCGCGGUGACGGGCGAGUGGUCGGCUGCGGAGAUGGCCGAGCUGCAGCACCUCGCGCUGGAGCACACGGAGAAGGUCGCCUCGGGCGCCUGGGGCCUCUUCUCGAUGCACGUGUGGGGCCGAACAGGGGCGCAGUGCAAGGCGGCGUAUGAAUCCCUCUCCUCAGAGCACGCCGGGACGCCCGGCGCCGUCCGCAAGCGUGCGGCCGGCCGGGGCUCGGCGACGGGCGCGGCGGGCGCGGCGGCCACUCCGCGGGAGCAGGGCCCUCGUUCGCUGAAGACCGCGCAGCAGGGCGAAAAGGCGGCCCGGCCCAAGGCGGCGGCGGCGGCGGCGCCGCCCGCCGGCGAGUCGCCGCUCGUCGGCUCUGUCCUCACGUUCGGCGAUGCGGGGGCGGCGCCGGCGCCAGCCGGUGGCCCCGAGGCCGGCCGCUCCACCGCAGCGAGGUCGGCGCCUGGAGCCGUCAGCGCGCAGCCACCGUCACGGUCACCGAAGCUCGACGCUCUUGCGAUGGCGGCGCUCGAGGCUUGCGACGAGGUGGCGUCGCCGCAGGCGCCGACCCCGAUCGCGACGGCCGCGCCGCUCGCCGCCGCGACGCCCUCGUCCACGGACGUCCUCGCCGCCGCCGCCGCCGCGCCUAGCCAGGCGGCGGUGGCGAGGCUGCUUGCGGGGAUGCUGGCCACGGCGCCGCGGGAGGAGGCGCCACCGCCGGGCGCUUUGCUCGACGACUCGCUGCCAGCCAGCCUAGAUGCCUCAACCGGGCCUGUCGGCGUCCCUCGCGCCGCAGCUGCAGACGCCGCGGAGGGGGCGCCGGCGGUGGCGCCGGCGCCGCUGCCGCCGCCAGCGCGCCGGCUGACGGCGUCGGAGGCGAUCGGGACGCAGGCGGCCGCGCUCGCCGAGCUGCGCAUCCAGCGGCGCCUCUCCGCUUGCGGGAUCGGCUCCGUCCGCCCUCGCACUCCGGAAGGGGCGAGCCCUUCUUGCGCGAACGACGCUAUGCAGGAGUGGGAGGCCUCGGGCCGCCACCCCGCCGCCACCGCCUCGGACGCGCCGCCGGUGUUUCGCGUGUACGCGCCGCCCGCGGGGCUGCCGCGCCGCGCCACCGACUGA